AAAUUUCUCUGCAUCUUUCCAUUAUACACAUGAACCUGCAAUACUGUUCAGUCAUGUCCUUACAAAACGCAUCCAAGGAGGCCAUCACGGAAUGGAUGAAAUUCCACAGAGCUUCAGAUUCAUUGACUACGACGGAUCUGGGCAAGUUCUACAUCAAGAACGGAACAUUGAAAUUUGCCAACAAUGAGCUGCUUGUUGGACUUGAUGCUAUCACGGAGUUCUUCGACACCACCUUCCCUCUCCUGGCCAGGAUGAAGCAUGAAAUCGUCAAUCUAGACACAAUAGGAAACAAGAUCUACCAGACAUGUACCAUAAGCUACGGGGUGAAGGAUGAUCCCUACAGGCGAACCAUCAAGAUCAAAGCCAUGGGUGUCGUCCACCUUGUGUCUGGUGCUGACUUCAAAUCUGGCGAGGCACUGAUCGAACACUUUGAUGUCUUUCUGGAUGCAAGUGAGGUUUUUGGUAUUGUUGGAGAAGUGCAGGAGUUGAGGGCAGAAGGCAAGCUGUGAUUAAAUAUUCGUACAUCUAAAAUCAGUCCCCGAAGUUAGUCUGUCAGCUUCCAUUGAAUGUGCCUUCCUUUUACGGGAUGCUUCCGACAACAAAUCCUCGUCUACAUAUAUAAUUUGCAUCGUGAAUUCACAGCAUACUACCAUGAUUCCGAGCAUACUCACACGCAACAUAAUAUCUUGAGUAUGUCACCCA